AUGACUCUUGACUUCCAUGAGAGUGACCUUCAUGGGAUGCUAAAAUUAACGGUUGUAGAUUUUGGGAUGAAGAUUUUGUUGUGGAUUGUUAUGAGGAUUAUUUUAGAGCAUUUGAGCGAAAAGCUUGAGAAUGCCCUUAACAAAGGCGAGAUUUUGGAAAAUUUAGGUAACAUUAUGGAGGAAGAAUUUCCGCUGUUGUUUUGGCUAUUGGCGUUGGUUGAGGAUGACAAGGUUGUUAAAAUUUCUCGAGCUUCAGAGCAAGUUAUGGCGGCCACGCAGCUGACUUCCGCUGCAUCUUCAGUUUCUGCAAAAGGGUUCCCCUCGUUCGAAGGUCUCAGGGCUUCGAACCCAGUUAGGGUUUCGUGCUUUCAACCUCUGAAAAACAACGGGCUUUCUCUCAGGUCGUUCCGAGGGCUUGCAGUCAGGGCUGCUACGACUGUCGCCCCAAAGUACACUUCUCUGAAGCCAUUGGGUGAUAGGGUUUUGGUGAAAAUUAAAGCAGUAGAGGAAAAGACUUCCGGCGGCAUCUUACUUCCAGCCAUGGCACAGUCGAAACCUCAAGCUGGUGAGGUAGUUGCUAUUGGCGAGGGUCGUUCAGUUGGCAAGAGCGAGGAGGAGAUCAGUGUCAAGAGCGGAGCCCAAGUGGUGUACUCAAAGUAUGCUGGGACAGAGGUUGAAUUUGACGGAUCAAAUCACCUCCUUUUGAAUGCGGACGACAUUGUCGGCAUUCUUGAGACUGAUGACGUGAAAGACAUGAAACCUCUGAAUGACAGAGUUCUAAUAAAGGUUGCGGAGGCUGAAGAGAAAACGGCUGGUGGUUUGUUGUUGACAGAGGCAAGCAAGGAGAAGCCAUCGAUUGGCACUAUUGUUGCGGUUGGGCCCGGUCCGCUUGGCAAGGAGGGUAAACGAAAGCCUUUGACUUUGGCCCCAGGAAAUACGGUUUUGUACUCUAAAUAUGCGGGCAACGAUUUCAAGGGUCUGGAUGGCUCUGAUUACAUAGCUUUACGUGAAUCUGAUGUGAUUGCUAUCCUUUCUUAG